AUGAACAGCCAUCCGUCACCAAUACAACAUAUGGACAUGGAACGGAGGUCGUCGUCACCCAAGCGCAAGAAGGUCCGCCAAAAAUACGCGCCCAAAGCUUGCGUAUUGUGCAGACGGUCGAAGCUCAAGUGCUCCGGCGAAAACCCUUGCCAGCGAUGUGUCGAUAACGGCAAACGGUGUUUCUUUUCCGAAGACCAGACGGCAGCCGAGGCCCUUCAGCAUCUCAGUCGCCCAACUCCCUCCCUCCAGGCACAGUCGUCGACUACCAGCGGCAAUGGCAGCAGUAACUCGCGCCGUAAUCUGCUGCCACAAGAUGAGACAGGGCGCCGGACGAGUGAUGCCAGCGCCCGUGGCAUGACAAUGGAGGCGCGCAUGGCCCGUGUCGAGGCUAUGAUGGAGGCUCUGAUGCGCGACCGUGGCUUGACCAUGACGCCCAUGGGCAGCGUAGAACGAGAUGACGGUACCAGCGACGGCUUUCGAGGGAGUGAUGUUGCUGCAUUUCCUAUUCCACCACUGGAUCCCAUCAAUCCAGCUCUCGUUUUCAUGGGCCAGUCAGCCCUCUUCUCCCAAGAGCCCUCGAACCCGACGUCGUCCACCAUGUCCGGCCCCGAAUCCUCCUUUAUCGUCGAAGCUCCUCAUCUCGUCCAUCUGGAUGGACGGGCCAUGUCGUUCCCUAGCCCGGCCGAAUAUCAACAGUACCUGACAUCCUUUUUCACAGAUAUACAUCUGUCUCACCCCUGCAUAGACGAGACAGACUUUCGUAGUCGCGGCGAACACAUGUUAGCUAAUGCUUCCAUCCAGUCUGAGGAACGUCACUUUCUUGCCCUCAACUAUAUUGUCUUUGCCUGCUGCGAUACACUACUGAAUGUUUCGCCGCUUGAUGCUAGUAAACCUGCAGGCUGGCAGUGGUCAGAACUAGCUGACGACCUCCUGGAUAAGAAGUCGUUGGUCAGCGGCAACGGUGACCUGACACUGAUCCAGUGUGUGCUUUUUCAAGCUUUGUACUACACGUUCGUUGACAUGCCUGGUCCCGCCUACAGUAGCAUUGGAAUCGUCGGUCGGCUUGUCUUUCAACACUCUCUCCACCAACAGUCUACAUGGACCGAUAUCACGACGCAACAAGCAUAUGAACGCAUAUGUGUAUUCUGGAACGUCUUCAUUGCAGACCGCUUCAUAUCAUUAGCAUGUGGAAGACCAUACAGCAUUCAUGAAACUGAUAUCCAGGUCGAGCUGCCUAUGGAGUUAUUCAGUCGGGCAAUGCUCACAAUGCAACUUGAUCUGGAACAAGACCCACGAAUCUUCAUGAAUCAGUACCUACAUUACAUGAUACUCUGGGCACGUUACGUCGACUGUUCCAUGGAAGGACGCAGCUCCAAUGGCCAAGCUCAAGAAGCCAUUGAUGCACAAAUCACCCAGUUCCUCGACCAUGACCUUCCCGAAUUGCGCGUUCCUUAUACACAAACAGGAUCUGGUGUUGAGUCGCCAGUAAAAGCCUUUUUGGUUCAGAAGAAGACAGACUUGGUCCUCUGGGGCUUCCGUCCAGUCAUCACAUCUCUGCAAUACAACGACAGUCAUGCAGCUCAUUUCAGUCAUUUGGCAGGAAGCACUGUCACUCGAAUGGCUGUGUUUGCACAAGAUUCACGAAGUCCCUUCAGCCUUCGCCACUCCAUGAUUACCUCGUUAUCCAAUGCUCUCUUAGUUCUGUGCUCGCUCCUAGGGCGCAAUGGUUCUCCGAGGAACCAAACUGACAUUGACUCUUUCCGACAUGUGCUGGCUCUGCUCAACGACCUCGCAUACAGCCAGCCGUAUGCAAAGCGUGUCUUGGCCGAUUUUGAAGCUAUUCUGCCGGUGAUUGAAGGAGUGAUUGAAGGUAAAGAUGUUCCUGCGAAUAUUUCAGAUUUGAUCCCGUACAAAGCCUCGUGCCCUCAGAUCCGUUCAUCGCAAGUUACUCCAUCAUCCAAGCAGUCUACUGGUAGCGGGAAGGACUUUGCGGUCGGUAAUGGUCACACGUCUAAUGGAAGUGAGGCCGGUCAUGGUGUUUUGUGGUUUUGA